CUCGCCGUUGCAGUGUUGGCGAGAGCGAGUCGGCGGGCAAGGCGGGGCCAGGGACAUAAAAGGAGGACGCUGCGAUCGUCUUCCCAUCUUUUCAUCAUCGCAACUCACUCCCACAGCUUCCUCCACUCCUCUCCUCUUCUCUCCCCCUCCCCCCUCCCCUCUCUUUAGCAAUGCGCUUCCUCCCCUUCCUCCUCGUCGCCCUCCCGCUCGCGGCCGCCCUCCCGGCCUCGACGGACAACGCCUCGCUCGAGGCCCGCGCCGCCAAGAGCUGCACGCAGUCGUCGCAGUGCGGCUCGGUCAACAACUUCUGCAACCGCAGCAAGUGCGACACGCGCAAGUCGCUCGGCGCUUCGUGCUACAAGGACAUCGGCUGCAUCUCGAACAAGUGCUCGAGCGGCAAGUGCGUUGAGGGCUCGGCCCUCACCAACGGCGAGCGCUGCGAGACGAGCAAGUCGUGCGCCUCGUCGUACUGCGGCAACUCCAAGUGCCAGGCCCCGGCGGCCAACGGCGCCAGCUGCUACAAGGCAGCCGGCUGCCAGUCGGGCAUCUGCACGAACCAGAAGUGCACGGCCCCGGCCACGACGCCCACGCCCGCGCCGACGCCGGUCGACAAGACGCCCACGGACGAUGCCGGCAACGUCGCCAAGAACAACCACUUCGAGAACGACAUCCUCGCUCCCUGGGAGAAGGACGGCGACGUGACGGUCGUCAAGAACGCCACGGAUGCCUACGACGGCAAGCAGUACGCCAGCCUGCGGGCCACCGCCCAGUACGGCGAGUACAGCUACCCGGAGCUGUACCAGUCGGUCCCCAGCGGCUACUACCGCAUUCGCAACAGCGUCUCCGACACGCCCCAGGCCAAGGCCUACGCCGUGAGCGUCCAGUACCGCGUGCCCGAGUUCAUCGCCGGCCCCAAGGGCUUGGGCUGCAACCUGUCGUUCGGCUUCGACAACGAGUACAUGGAGGACACCAGCAAGGCCUUCCUUCCGGUCAACAAGAAGGUCGCCGACUGGACCAAGUUCGAGACCAUGAUCGCCAACAACCGCACGAGCAUCGAGGACAUCGGCUUCGGCCUGAUCUGCCCUGAGGGCGCCGCAGUCGUGCACGUGGACGAUGUCCAGUUCGUGCCCACGGCGUACCCGGAGUCUGACCCGACGGACGUGGCCCAGAACGGCGGCUUUGAGAACGGCGGCACCAACGGCGACCCGUGGAAGUACCAGAACGGCGCGACCCUGGCCACCAACAACGCCAAGUACGGCGGGCGCUACGCCCUGGUCCAGAGCGGCCAGUCGAUCUCGCAGGACAUCGUCAUCUCGUCCACGGCGCCGAAGGACAGCUACAACGCCUACCAAGUCAAGUUCCAGUACUUCGUCCAGUCGGUCAGCUCGGGUGUCUCGUCGGCCACCCCGUGCUCGCUUUACCUUGCCGAGAACGGCGGCGCCCCGGACGCCUCCAUGGACAUCACCGCUACCAGCGCCACCGACACCUACGCCUCGUUCUCCAAGGUCGCGUCUGCCAAUUCGUCCGUCAGCAACAUCAAGAUCGGCGUGUCCUGCCCUUCCGGCCAGACGGCGCGCGUCUACGUCGACCAGGUGCAGUUCCUCACCAAGCUCGACGACUAAGCGCACUGCCGCCGCACCGGGAGCGAGGCGCGCACGGGGAUGCGCAGCCGUCCGCGCUGCCUCUCCUGGGCCCGUUCUCUCUGCAUACC